GUCGUGAACCAGCAUGAGGGCUCUGAGGUUCGGUUUAACUCUGGUUCGACAUGGAGAAACACGCUACAACAAAGAAGGUCUUCUACAAGGUCAGGCUAUCGAUGCUCCUCUCUCGGAGGUCGGGCAGCAGCAGGCCGAGGCUGCAGGUCGAUACCUGAAAGACGUCGAGUUCAGCAACGUGUUUGUCAGCGAUCUGCUCCGAGCUCAGCAGACGGCUGAAACCAUCAUGAAACUCAACAGCAGCUGUUCUUCUCUGCACAUGUCUCUGGACCCUUUGCUCAAAGAGAUCAGCUUCGGCGUGGCAGAGGGGGGGCGACUGCAGGACGUGAGAGACAUGGCCAAGGCAGCGGGUCAGACGUUCCCAGGCUUCACUCCACCAGGGGGCGAGACUCCAGAGCAGGUGAAGGAGCGGGUCAAAGAGUUCAUGGUGAACACACUGCAGCAGCUCGGAGCCGAACACUGGCACCACAGCACCGAGGAGGAGACCCCCCCGUCGGGCGUGGAGGGCCGAGCGGACGACGGGGUCGGGGGGGUCCUGGUCCACGCUCUGGUGGUCUCACACGGGGCCUACAUGUGCGUGCUGGUGCGUUACUUCGUGGAGGAGCUGCUCUGCUCUUUGCCUCACGGCUCUGACAGAACACACGUGUUCUCUCUGAGUCCCAACACGGGUCUGAGCCGGUUCGUCCUCAGCCUGAGGAAAGAGGGGGAGGAGUUCCAGCUGUCGGGGGUGCGCUGCGUGUUCGUCCACAGGAGCGACCACGUCAGAGAGCUCGUUCACCAGUAGGAGGAGAGAGAGGAGCGAUGGGAACGCAGAGGUGAAGGAGGAGGUGCAGGAGACGGUGGGAGAAGAACAGGAAGAAAAACCUCUUCAGACUUAACUUGUUUUUUAAAACAUGUGUUUGAGAAGGUCAAAGGUUAUAGUGAUGAGAGGAAGAGUCUGUGUUUGUGUGUUAUUCAGCAGUAUUACACCCAAAGUACUGGUUUACCACAAACGUGGUGGUAGGAUGUGAUGUGGGUCAUGAAAGAAACCACACACAUUUGGUGCAGGUCCAUGGUUUCUCUUUUUUCACUUUCUUUAGCGUUCUUCAUUUCUGUUGAGAGAUCAAUUCAUGAAUAUUGAUGGAAAACGUUCAGGCACAUUUAGGCCACUGAUAUUUAUGCCGUUUGGUGAAGAUCCAAAUUCAAAAUCUGGAUAAAUUGAAUUUAAAUGUGGUUUCAUUAAGAUAUUUAAAGGGGAAGUUUUCUCUAAAAAAUUAUUGAUGUCAAUUUACACUUGAAAUUUUACAUGGAUCUGGACUUCAUCUGGAUUUUGUGAAUUGAAAAUAAUUAUUUUUAUCUUUAUUCAGUUACUGAACAGUGACAAAUAUACAGUUCAACUACAUGAGAGAGAGAAUAUUGUGCCUUUGUUUUAAUUUGAACAGUUAACAGAACACAUCUAUGUACUUGGUGUUUGUAUCUGAUUCAAUAUGGUGAGGAAGUGACCGAUCAGCCUGGACGGAGGAAUGUUUCCCUCUAGUUUUUAUAUUUGGAGCUCACUUACAUCUGGAAACACAGAGGAAGUAUCAGUCAUCAUUAUAAUUAUUUAGUUUGUUAGUGUCGAUAUCUUAUCAAUCAUUAUGAAAUAAUUUCAAAAUAUCCUAGAUAUA